CUACGGAAGAAGCACCCGGGCCAUAUCCUGCCGGAUGAGGACCUGCAGUGGGUGUUCGUGAACGCGGGCGGGUGGAUGGGUUCCAUGUGCCUCUUGCAUGCCUCGCUCACCGAGUAUGUGCUGCUCUUCGGGACAGCUGUCGACACUGGAGGCCACUCAGGUCGGUACUGGGCAGAUAUCUCUGACACACUCAUCUCGGGGACCUUCCGGCAGUGGAAAGAGGGGACCACCAGAAGUGAGAUCUACUAUCCAGGGGAUACCAUCGUGCACCUGGCAGGAGAGGCCACGUCGGUUCAGUGGAGUGCAGGCACCUGGAUGGUGGAGUAUGGCCGAGGCUUCGUCCCCUCAACGCUCGCCUUCGCCCUGGCUGACACCCUCUUCAGCACUCAGGACUUCGUCACCCUCUUCUACACCCUGCGCGUCUACGCCAAGGGCCUGCUCCUGGAAGCCAAUGCCUUCUUCAGCACCUGGGGCUGCUGAGCCUGGCUCACCCACAUGCCCUGCCAGGCACAGCUGGCCCCCCUUCUCCCAGGCUUCCUCCACCCCCUCCUUCUC